AUGGCGGACGAUGAGUUAACUGAUAUGAUGUAUGACAUGGAGUUUGGAGAACUGAUGAGAGACUGGAUAGAAGAUUGGUCAUAUGAUGAAAAUUCAGAUCGUGGAGAUAGGUCAGAGAAUGGGAACGAAUUGGAAGAUCUUAAUGAAAACAAUGAGCAUGAUGAUGGUGAGGAAAACAACUCGGAGAUCUCGAAUGAAGAUUACAUUAGUCAGCUCAUUUCCGAAUGUCAUAAUGCGUACGACUAUUACGGUGAAUCCGACGCGGAGACUGGCCUUGAUGAAGAAUCAUUAGCUGCACCUGAUUCUGGGGAGUCGCAGUCGUGGGUCAUCAUGAGUGAGGUAUGUAUGUAAUCAAUGUUGUAUGGAAGUAAUGUUAUACCAUAGAAAACUGUUUUCAUGGCUAUGUUAUGAUUGUGUAGGUGACAGAUGAUGAGGGGAAAAAGAAUGUCCAAGAUACUGCCAGUGCAGAUGAUAAGAAGGAUAUGUUCAUGCAGAUAAUACAAAUGACUUUUAUGUCUCAUGAUGCUCCGUAUGAUUUCUACAACAGCUAUGCUAGACAUAAUGGUUUCAGCAUUAGAAAGAAUAAGGUCAGGUAUAGCAAA